AUGGCAGGCCCGAGCCCAGAUCCCGCCCUGGAUGGCGAGUCCAGAGUGGGCGAAAUCAUCGCUAUCCUCUCCGUGGCGAGCAUCCUUUCCACCCUGGCCGUCACUUUGAGGUGUUAUUCCCGUGCCGUCAUCCUCCGGUCUUUUGGGUUGGACGAUGCCAUCAUCGUGCCAGCACAGAUCUUAACCCUAGCGUCGGCAGUGGCGAUCGGGCUCGAGUCAAAAUAUGGCCUUGGUCGCCAUAUCUGGAUGAUGCCUGAUGAGGAUUUUAUCCCGUACAUGAAGUCCUUUUACAGCUCCAUCGCAGUCUACAACGUCGCGGUCUGCUUGACCAAGAUCUCCAUCCUGCUCCAAUACAAGCGCAUCUUUUCCAACACGAUCCUCAAAAAGAUCAUCGUUGUCGGCUUGUGCUUUCUCACAUGUUGGGCCGUUACCCUCUCCUUCCUCCUGCCCAUGGUCUGCAUGCCCGUUGCUGCCUUUUGGGACCCGAACGUCAAGGGAUUCUGCCUCGACAAUGCCACCAUCUGGUACGUCAUGGCAGGCGUCAACGUCGUAACGGACUUUGCCGUCUUCACCAUGCCCAUCCCGGUCAUUAGCUCGCUCCAGCUGCCGAGAAAGCAAAAGGCGAUGCUGCUAAUCGUCUUCACCCUGGGAAUCUUCCCUUGCGCCGUCUCCAUCUACCGCAUCAAAACCCUCAGCGCGGCCGCCAAAUCCACCGACCCCACCUGGGACAACGUCGACGCCGCCACCUUCUCCUUCCUCGAGCUCUCUGUCGGCGUCAUCGCCGUCUGCCUGCCCACCAUCCGCCCCGUCCUCGUCCAGACCAUGCCCCGCAUCUUUGGCUCCCUGCUGCGGUCAGCCGGCCACUCCGUCGGCACGGGCGGCCCGAAGAGCGGUCCCCGCGCCAGCCGCACCCCGUUCGGCGGAGCAGGCAGCGCGGCCGGCGGCACCGGCGCUGGGUCGUCGGCGGCGCGUGCGUCCAUGUUCAAGGGGUCGACCCUGCGUGAUACGGAUAGCACCGAGGAGCUGCGGCUGGGGGAUGAGGAGGCGGCAUUGCCGCGCAGUGCGUUGGGGAAUGAUAUUGAGUUUGGGGAGUUGGAUAAGGGGAUACUAACACAAAAUCCGGGUGGGAAGAGGUAUAGCGUCAGUGUGGUGGCGGGUUGGGAGCCGUCCAGCUUUAAUGAGGUGUCUGUGUCGGGCGGGGAGGGCAUCAAGACGACGACGGUGGUGACGCAAAAGGUUUCGUUUGCGGGUAUGCUGGAGGAGGAGGAGGAGGGCGCCAGGAGGCUGGCUGACAAGGGCAUGCUGUGA